CAACUAGAGAGCAGCAUCUUUAUUGAGGAUGCCGUUAAAUAUUUCCAGGACAAAGUGAGCACACAGAGUCUGAUACUCCUGCUGACUAAUGAUGAAGCCUGGAAUGAAUUCGUGGCUACUGCUGAACUAACCAGGGAUGAGACAGAUGAUUUCCGUAAAGCUCUGAACAAGCUUGCAGAACACGUGACCAGGAAGGACAAAAACUGGCAAGAUAAAGACCAGCAGCACAGAAAGUGGUUUUUGAAAGAGUUUCCUCACUUGAAAAGGGACCUUCAGGAUCACAUAAUAAAGCUCUAUAUCCUUGCAGACGGGGUUGAGCAGGUCCACAGAGGCACCACCAUCACCAACGUGGUGUCCAGCACUGCCGGCGUUAUCUCUGACAUCCUGACCCUCCUCAGCCUGGGUCUGGCACCCCUCACAGAUGGAGUCAGCCUUGUGCUCUCAGAAACUGGGAUGGGGGCAGGAAUAGUGGCCGCUGUGACCGUUACCAGCAGUAUCGUGGAACAAGCAAAGAAGUUGUCAGUACAACGCCAAGCCGGAAACUUAGACCAAAGAGACCCUGAUGUAGCGAAAGUGAUGAAGGAAUUAAUGAGUGAGAACACACCCAACUUUCUUUCCUUAGCUGACAAUUCUUACCAAGUCAUACAAGGCAGUGGGAAGGACAUCCGUGCCAUCAGAGAAGCCAGAGCCAACUCUCAAUUGGUACCAUCUGCCAGACCCCUUGAGAUCAUUGGAAUCUCAGCUGAAAGCGAUGAAGAGGUGGAGAGAGUUACUGAAAUCCCCGCCCUGGAAAUGAGCAGAGGAAACAAGGCUCUGGGUGUGGCCACUGGAGGCAUCUUGCUUGUGCUGGAUGUGGUCAGCCUUGUAUACGAGUCAAAGCACUUGCAAGAGGGGGCAAAGUCAGAGUUAGCUGAGGAGCUGAAGAAGCGAGCUCAGGAGCUGGAGGGGAAGCUCAACAUUCUCACCAAGAUCCAGGAGAUUCUGCAGGCGGACCAAGAACUGUGACCCCAGAGCAGGGCAGCCACCAGGGGAAGUGUGCCUGGCACAGGCCAGGACAAAAUGCAAACUUUUUUUUUUUUUU